AUGAACUUGUAUAAAUACCCACGGCCACCCUAUCUCGCCAACAGUUAUGGACCAUUUGCACGACCCACUCGGGAAAUCGACAAGAAUCAACGCGACUCUUCUUUUUGCAUGACUGGUGUCGGCGGUCGCCCAGAGCUUGUCUUAGAGGCUGCACCAACUGAGGAUGGUCCAUGGACGGAGUAUCAUUUUCGCUUCAAACCCGGAGCUAUCGAUCGGAUCCCGCCUAUCGUAGCUCCUCACCAGCCUCGUCUAGAUUGGCAAAUGUGGUUCGCGGCACUUGGUCACCCCGAUCAUCACCCAUGGCUGUACCAUCUGAUUUACCGCUUACUGCAACAAGAACCAGACGUGUUGGGUCUUUUGGAUUCUUCCAAAUUGCCUCGGAACCCAAAGUUCAUUCGAGCGAAGCUUUACACCUAUCACUACACUUCUCCAACUGACCGCAGUGGCAAUUGGUGGCGCCGAGUCCACAAAUCCAUCUAUCUGCCCCCCGUCUCACUGUCCUCUCCGUCACUGAUCUCCGUAGUCCAGCACUCUGGCCUUGUCGGAAAACGCCACCAACAGUCCGCGGAUUCGACCCGACUAUCCAUGGCUUUGAAAAGUGUACGCGCUUACAUGGGCCAACCGCCGGAUCUUACACGCUUGAUAGUCGUCUGUAUAGUUCUAUCGAUCACAAAACGCGUCCUUUUGAAUGCAUCUGACGCUCCUUGAACUGUGACUAUCCUUCUCUCGGCUUCAUUCUGUCAAUGUGGCUGCAUCCAAUCUAGUGCUAACAUUCCCGUCGUCCACUACUUUGUCUGGAACCUUCACAUUCGCUGUUUCGGUUUUCUCUCUGAGUCCGGUUGUAAUCGUCUGUACCAUUUGUCUUCAUCUCUUGGUCGUGCCCAACGCUACACGGGUUGCUUGUUUUUUCACAUCCAGUGUGGACACGCAUUAGAUUGCUUUUGGUGAAGCGUUUUAGCUAUUGUCUGUGCUACCUCCCUGACAACGUGUGUUCCCAUAGUGUGUCACUAUCAUCGCUCA